ACCCCAGUGCCCAUGAACCUCUUCUCUACCUGGGAGGUGGACUGCUCCAGCCCCAGCUGCGUGCUCAGGUUGUGCAGCCUGACUUUAAAGAAGCUGGUGAUCUUGAAGGAGCUGGAGAAGGAGCUCAUCUCCAUGGUGAUAGCAGUGCAGAUGCAGGGCUCCAAGGGCAUCUUGAGAUCCCACGAAAUUAUGCUGCCCACUAGUGGACAAGUGGAGACUGACCUGGCGCUGACCUUCUCCCUGCAGUACCCCCACUUCCUCAAGGGAGAAGGCAACAAACUACAGAUCAUGCUGCAGCAGAGGAAGUGCAAUAACAACCAGAUCAUCCUGGGCUACAAGACACUGGCCACAGGUGCCAUCCACAUGGCUGAGGUAAUGCAGCGACCCCCCGAGGGUGGCCAGGUGCUGAGUCUCAGCAGCAGCAUCCAGGAGUCCUCCAUCAGGGUGGCUGAGAUCUGGAUUUCCUUCCUGUCCAGUCAGCCCAUCAACUACAAGGAUGGCACCAUGCAGGCCAGCCCCAAGGCCAAGUCCACAAAUAGCUACAUUGAGGGGAAAUCUGAGAGCUUCUCUGAGCUGGAGGCCAGCUACAAUGUGACACCCAGGCAGGACCUGGAAGAUGACUUUGACCUGAGGCAGCCCAAGAAGCAGCAGCGAUGCAUGCAACGAAACUUGAAGCAGAAAGUCAUGGUGCUGCUUCCCAGGUCCAACAUGUCAGAAGAGGUCCUAGACUCAGAUCAGGACCCUACAGAGCAUGUCCCCGAGGUGGAGGAGGACCUGGACCUUCUGUAUGACAACCUUGAGAAUCCCAGCGAUAGCGGCCCAGACAUGGAGGAUGAUAGCAGCAUCCUUAGCAACACCAAGACCAAGACAAGACAAUACUUUGAAGGCCUGGCACACUCCAGCUGGCAGACGGAGAUGAGGAGCGCACACAGUGCCCGGAGGCAGAAGGCGCCUCCUCAGCUGGCCGACAUGCCCCCCAAACCCAGGUCAUACUUUGAAAGCCUGUCAAGUGACAGUGGCUCUGACUGGGUGGCGCACAGCAUGCCCAACCCUGGGGAGCAGCCGGCACAGCCUGAGGACAGCCCGGAGGCAGAGACCUCUGCCCACGUCAUGCUCACUAAGAAGCUGCCACCCAGCAGGCGCACCACCAAGACCGAGGCUCUGGUCCUCCCCUCCAGCAGCUCCAAGGGGAAGCAGCCCGCCUGCCGGGGCUGGAGCAGGUCCCUGAAUAAGUCAUCCAACAGCCUGAUCAAGGAGCGCUGCCCAGUCCCACAGAGCCACCUGCAGGUCCCCAGGAAGACCGUGUAUGAUCAACUGAAACACAUCCUCAUCUCCAGUGACUGUCUGCCCAAGAACAUCAUCCUCAUCAGCACCUCUGACAGGCAGGGGCAGUUCCUGUCGGACGUCCUGCAGCAGCACAUGCUGCCCGUCGUGUGCACCUGCUCCAUGGUGGAUGUCCAGGAGGCCUUCAGCUCCAUCAUCUCCUGGAUACAAAGAUACUGCAACUGCAAUACCGAGGCCCCGAUGCCAGUGAAGAUCGCCGUGGCGGGGGCUCAGCACUACUUCAGCACCGUGCUGCAGGUCUUUGUGGAGCAGCUGUCCCACAAGAACCCUGACUGGCUGGGCUACAUGCGCUUCCUGGUCAUCCCGCUGGGUUCCCACCCUGUGGCCAGCUACCUGGGCUCUGUGGAUUACCGCUACAACCACCUCUUCCAGGACCUGGCCUGGCAGGACAUGUUCAACAAUCUGGAGGCCCAGAGUUCUGUGCAGAACAUUGUGUCGAGAAUCACAGAGUACAUCACAGGGGCCAACUGUGUCCACCAGCUGCCCAUUGCAGAGGCCAUGCUCAAUUCUAAGCCGAAGAGCAUGGGCAAGUUGCCCUCGCAGAAGUUCAUUCCCUUUGUGGGAGCAGUGAAAGUUGGAAUAGUGGAACCAAUUUCAGCCACGUCAGGAGACACAGAUGAUGCAGUCCCCUCAUGCUCCAACAUGCUUUUGCCCACCGCCAGGGAGGCCUCAUACAACCCAACCUUCUCCUCAUCAGUGAGUGGAGGCGUCCCUUCCUCCACCCAGGGUGUCAGUGCUGAGCUGAUGGAGCUACAGGUGGAUUAUUGGAUGGCAGCCAAGCCCACAAACAGGAAGAGAAACGGGAAGAAGGAAGACCUGCCUACCACCAAAAACACACUCCAGAGCACCUUCCGGUCUCUCCAGGUCAGCAGGUUGCUCAGCAGUGGCGAAGAUGCAGGCACGCCCACAAUGUCCAUGACUGUGGUCACCAAGGAGAAGAAAAAGAAGGUGAUGAUUUUGCCCAAGAAAGACAAGGCCAAGGACUUGGAGUCCAAAAGCCAGUGCAUCCACGGCAUUGGCCGCUUGGUCUGCUCAGCUAAGAACCAGGAGAACAGGCAGCGGGUCCUCAUUGAUGGCGUGGAGUGGAACGACGUGACAUUCUUCCAGCUGGCAGCCCAGUGGUCCUCCCACGUCAAGCACUUCCCCAUCUGCAUCUUCGGACACUCCAAUUCCACCUUCUAGCCCUGCCCCUCCCCCUGCCCUUCACCCUGCCUGGGCCAAGCCCAGAAGGGCCCAGCUGCUUUUCUGUUAACAGUUCAGUUUACUACAGAUACAGACCCUGAAAACACAGAGAAACUCUUUUAAGUUAGAAUGUGCUCACAGCCUGGAACCUAAGGGGGUUGCCCCCACUGAGACCCCCAAAUGCUCUGUUUAAUAACCAGAACACUCCGGCAGGUGGGAGGUCAGGUGGGCACUGUUGAACUGGAGCAUCAUGGAAGGUGUGCUUUAGCCUCAGGAUCCCCAACACUUUCAGUGAGAAUGGUUCUGGCCUUGGAGACCUGCCCUUCCUGGGCAGCUGCCACCCAGCGCUCUGCUUCACCCUGGGAGCUGGCUCUAGCCUGUGCCCAGACUCAGUGCUGGGCUGCCAGAGGCAAAGGGCUGGCCUCCCAUUGGGGCAUCUGGAGCACAACAUGGAGGCCGGCCAGCCCAGCCUUGGACCCCAGCUGCCAACCAGCCAAGUGGCCCCAGCACCACCCACUUAUGGUUCCCAAUGAGCUCCCGCCUCACAGGGCAAGACAACAAAAAGGAGCUGCAUGGUGCAGACCCACAGGCA